UUCGCAAAGCUUCAUGGGAUAGUGAGUGUGUGAAGGCUGGGUAGUGUAGUCCUCAGCUGCUUAGCGUGUUUGCUGGCGUUGUUAUGAGUCGUACAUGUUAAUUAGAUGGUUAUAAAACCUCACAGCGCUUUAGAUUCGCUCCAGAAACCGAACAGUCAAGAUGGCGGACGAGCAGCAGCUCCUGAGCAAGCUGGAGAGCAUUAAGGAGAUACGUAAUAAGACGGUGCAGAUGGAGAAGCUGAAGGCGCGUCUCCACUCCGAGUUCGCGACGCUGGAAUGUGAGGAGAAACACCUGCGAGAGUACAAACAGGAAAUGGAGCUGCUGCUGCAGGAGAAGAUGGCGCACGUCGAGGAGCUCCGCCUCAUCCACGGCGACAUCAACGUGAUGGAGAACACUAUAAAGCAGUCGGAGUGUGACCUGAACAAGCUGCUGGAGUCGACUCGGAGGCUGCACGAUGAAUACAAACCGCUGAAGGAGCACGUCGACGCCCUGAGAGCGGCACUCGGCCUGCGGAGACUUCCGGAACUCAGCCGGGAGGAGGAGCGUCUGUCCCUCGAUUACUUUGAGAAGCAGAAAGCCGAGUGGCAGACGGAACCUCCGGAGCCUCCAAUCCCAGAAUCCUUAGUGGCGGUGGCAGCAGCUCAACAGCUUCAGACGGCAAGGAAACAAGACGCACGACAAUCAGCAACCACGUUCCGGCAACAACCGCCGCCCAUGAAGGCGUGUCUGUCAUGUCAUCAGCAGAUCCACCGGAACGCCCCGAUCUGUCCUCUGUGUAAAGCCAAGAGCCGCUCACGCAACCCCAAAAAACCCAAGAGGAAACCCGACGAGUAACACACACACACACAUACACACACAUACACACACAAACAUACACACACAAACACACACACACUCACACACACACUCUCUCUUUAAUUACACUGUUCAUUACCGCUAAAGUAACACACACCUCUUGUAAUUUUUCCUCUUUUUAUUUUUUUAAAUCAUUUCAUUUUUAUAUUUCUGUAAUUUAGGGAAUCACUUCAGGAAAUUCGUUAUUAGAAUUACUGAAAUUAUUAUAAUUUUUUUUUAUUUGUGUGUAAUCUUAACAAUACGACAAAACUUGAAUCGCAAAUAAAAAGCGUUCCCUUUCGUGGUGUGUGUUCAGCGGUUUCAGAGACGAGACGCAGCGAGUGUGUUGUGGAUGUUUUCGCCGCUAAUGAAGGAAAUGUUUCUUGUUUUUUUUUUUUACGUUUUUAAAUGAAGUUGCCUUCAUGUGUUAUUUUUAAAAAUUGUUACAAAAUCUGUACAUUUAACUAAUAGAUUAAUUUUAGUUAGAGUUUUUGUAUUUUUAUUUCUUUAUUUUUAAGAUAUGUUUUAAAUGUAGUUUUUGUCUAAUUAAUUUUAUUUUGAGGUUUUCUGCUCUUGUUUUUUUUUAAAUGUAUACAUAAAGUUUCUUUCUUUUUUUUGUUCUACAUUUUACAUUUCAUUUUUGUCCUCUUCAGAACAGUAAUGACGGAAAUGCUUUUUGAACUUAAGCAUUAAAUUAACAAUUUUGUAAAAAUUAUUUUAAUAUUUUUUUUUCCUCUUGCUUUGUUUUUAAGAUUGUUUUUUAAUCCAUUCCAAUUUUCUCUUUUUUAAAAGAAAAAUUUUUUGUCCCUCCUUUUCAGAGCAGUGUGUAGCGUGACUCAAUAAAUCAUUAAACUCAUAAAAAACA